CACGUGCGGAAGUCGAAGAAGAGCACUUCUGUAAAUCUAGCCUGGUUUCCUCCCUUUUACCCCUUUUGAUGGCGACAUCACCAACGAUGUUGUGGCAUGGCAUGUGAAAAAGGAAGGCGAGACAUAGUUUGAAGAAGAGAAGCGUGAAUUUGAACGAACGGAACUAUAAUAUAUAGUUGCAGAUCAAUUGUCUUAUCAAUAUGGCGCACAUUGUGAAGCACAUCACCGUUGUGCCCUCUUACAAGGACUUUGUGGACAUUGUGCUGUCCAAGACACAGCGCAAGACACCCACCAUUAUCCACAAGCACUACAAGAUCUCGCGGAUCAGAGACUUUUACAUGCGCAAGGUCAAGUUUGCACAGCAGUCGUUUCAUGACAAACUGUCGCUCAUCAUUACAGAGUUCCCCAUUGUAGCUAACCUGCACCCGUUCUAUGGCACGCUCAUGAAUGUUCUGUACAACACAGACCACUACAAGCUGGCGUUGGGUGGGAUCAACAAGGCCAGACAACUCAUUGAUGACUGUGCCAAGGACUACGUGAAGCUGCUCAAGUAUGGGGACUCACUUUACCGCUGCAAGUGCCUGAAGAGAGCUGCCCUGGGACGGAUGGUGACCAUCAUGAAGGGCCAGUCCAAGAACCUGUUGUACCUGGAAGAGAUCCGGCAACACAUCAAUCGUCUGCCCACCAUUGACCCCAACACGCGCACACUGCUCAUCACAGGCUUCCCCAAUGUGGGAAAGUCUUCCUUCAUCAACAAGAUAUCUCGUGCUGAUGUGGAGGUGCAGCCAUACGCAUUCACAACCAAGUCUCUGUAUGUCGGACACACAGACUACAAAUAUCUCCGCUGGCAGGUGAUCGACACCCCUGGUAUCUUGGACCACCCCCUGGAGGAGCGUAACUCCAUCGAGAUGCAGGCAGUGGCCGCUCUUGUGCACCUGAGGGCCGUGGUGCUCUACAUCCUGGACCUGUCAGAGCAGUGUGGACACACCUUGGAGGAACAGCUGUCUUUGUUCAGAAACAUGAAGCCUUCCUUCAGCAACCGCCCCAUCCUGAUUGUGAUCAACAAGAUUGACAUUAUUAAGCCUGAAGAGCUUCCAGAGGACAAAAUGAAAGUUCUGGAAGAGUUCCGUGCAGAAGGUGAGCCGGUGCUGGAGAUGAGCACUGUGACAGACGACGGUGUUAUGGCUGUCAAGACAGAAGCAUGUGAACGGCUGCUAGCCUUCCGUGUGGAGCAAAAGUUCAAGACCAACAAGGUGGCAGCCGUGGCUAACAGACUGCAUGUGGCCAUGCCCAAGAAGAGAGAUAACAAGGAGCGACCCCCGUGCAUCCCAGAGAAAAUUCUGAAGAGAAAGAAUGCUAUGGAGGUGGACAAGCCAACCAGAAGGCUGGAGAAAGACAUCGAGCAAGAAAUGGGAGAUGACUAUAUAUUGGAUCUGCGAAAGACCUGGCUACUGGCCAAUGAGGAGGAGAAGUACGACGUGUUGCCGGAGAUCUGGCAGGGCAAGAACGUGGCCGACUUCAUUGACCCAGACAUAUUGAAGAAACUGGAGGAGCUGGAGAAGGAGGAAGAAGCGAGGGAGAAUGCCCAUUACUACAGCGAGAGUGAGAGUGAGGAUGAUGAGGAGACCAGAGAGAUGAGGAAGACCGCGAGGAAGAUCCGAGAGAAGCGUCUGAUACUGACCAAGGAGUCUGGCGAGAAGCGACGUGUGGAGAAGCCACGCAUGCCUCGGCCGACCAAACGAUCGCGGUCGCAGGCACAGCUGGAGGGAGAUAUGAUGGAGAUGGGAGUGGACGUGCCGAAUGACGAACACAGCCACUACACUCGUGCCAAGAGUCGCUCCUCCAGCCGGCCACCCAUCAAGCGGGCCCGCGACGAGUCUGUGGGUGGAACGUCCAGAAGCAAGUCACGAACCCCGCGCGACAAGUCCGGUCUCAGAGACUCCACGAUGGUGAGCAAGGUGAAGAAGAUUGCGAAGAAGGCUCAGAAACCACGCAACCACCAGGCCAAGAAGGGCGAGGGCGACAGGGUCAUCCUCAACAUGAAACCCAAACAUCUUUUCUCUGGCAAGCGAGGAGCUGGAAAGACAGACAGAAGAUGAGGAGGAUAGUCAGGUGGACAGAUUGGAUGAGAAGAAAAGACAAGAGUGGAGAGGAGGAGAGACAGACAGAUGGGUGGGAGAAAUUUGUUAUGUCUACUGGAAGGAGGAAUUAUGCAUUAAUAUAUAUAUUAUAUGCAUUACUGGACUGAGAAGAAUAAAAAGAAAAAAAAUUGAAACCCACGUUUUCAGUUUUGAUUUUCUACUAAUGCUUGUCUUUAUAAAAAGUUGAUCUAAAGUGUCAGUGCUAUAGUCUUGCAUGCACAUAGCAAAAUCGGCAGGAUGUGAAAAUCUGUCCCUGGUAUAGGUCUACAUAUUGUAAAUACAUGUGUAAAACUAAAAGAAAACAUUUUUUACUUCAAAAUUUGUUCUAUGUGCUUGUUUCGCAAUGGGCAUGCUAUAGACUGUACAAAUACACUUGAGCUUCAUUAUAUUAUUAUUGCCACCCUUGGGAGAAGCAUAAAGUUGGCAGUAUAGUAGGGCUGGUGGUAUGUAACGGGGUUCCAAUGUUGUCCCCUCUUAAAUUUAAAUAGCCCAGACUGUCCAACGUCAAGAGAAAUGAUUUUACUGUGCAAUCUAUUUGAAAAGUGUCUUGUGUUUGUGAAUUUAGAGCUGAACAUUUUUAUGUCUCUGUGUGUGUAUAAUCAAAUUGAAAAUUAAAUGGAUUGCACUGCCAUAAGU